CUAAUGUCCUACAGGGAUUAAAGAUGGCGCCCUCUCAUGCACUGAGGUGCUGUAAACGGGCUCUGAACUGGAUACCUGUCCUGUUUAUAAACCUGGUUGUCGGUUGGUCUUAUUACGCUUAUGUUGUGGAGCUCUGUGUCUAUACAAUCCCAAAUAAUGCAGAACGAAUCAGCUAUUUGGUCAUCUUUCACAUUUUCUUCACCAUGUUUAUAUGGUCCUACUGGAAAACUAUCGGGUCCAGACCAGCCUCCCCCCCAAAAGCAUUCAGUCUGCCUAGAGUAGAGAAGGAACUGUAUGAGAGAGAGGAGCGAGCCGAGACGCAACAAGAGGUACUGAAGAAAGUGGCGAGGAGUUUACCUGUGUAUACACGCACGGCAGGAGGAGCCAUCCGUUACUGUGACCACUGCCAGGUAAUCAAACCUGACCGCUGCCAUCACUGCACAACCUGUGAGAUGUGUGUGCUGAAAAUGGACCAUCACUGCCCCUGGGUGAAUAACUGUGUUGGAUUCUCAAACUACAAGUACUUUGUGUUGUUCUUGACCUACGCCGCACUCUACUGUGUCGCAAUUUGUGCUACAGUCAUCCAGUAUUUCCUCAAAUUCUGGACUAAACAGCUACCUGACACGCAUGCAAAAUUCCACAUCUUGUUUCUGUUUUUCGUGGCUGCCCUGUUCUUUGUCAGCAUCCUGUCACUUCUCAGCUACCAUCUGUGGCUUGUGGGAAAGAACAGGACCACUAUCGAGGCUUUUAGGGCUCCUGUCUUCACAAACGGUCCAGACAAAAGCGGGUUUUCUCUCGGCUUUAGGCGAAAUGCAGCUGAAGUGUUUGGAGACCAAGGGAAGUACUGGAUGUUUCCUGUUUUCUCAGGUCUUGGAGAUGGAUAUUCCUUUGUUACCAGUUUGGUACACAAAGAUCCUGAACAAGCAAACAGUGUCUGCCAGCAAAAUGGCAAAAGCGCUGCUGAUGGGAAGGCAGACCCUUGUGUCCUUGGUAACAAUAUACAACACACAGCGGACUGACAGCAAAGAGAAAAUAGACGGAGGACAGAUAGUCUCUGUGACAAUGGAGAGUGAACCAUAGCAGGUUGCAAGACCAUUACAUCAGUAAACCCUGAUGCCUUAAACCAGGAGCAUCAGCACCUCUACAGGAGCCGUCCUUCACAUUCAUUUUGAGUUUGACAGUGAAGCCUCAAGCCACAUGUUUUGUACAUACAUUAAAUGGACCAUCCUUCAUCCAGCGUGCUUUAAACCAGCACCACAACAAUACUGUCAUCAUGGCAACAGGGACUGCACAGCGACCUCGCAGACUGAAGCAGCUGUAAUUCACAGGUUUUGUCUUUGUUUUGAGCCAAAGACAUUCAAAUAAUGUUUUUUUUUAUUAUUGCAUCUGAAAAACUCUAUACAUUUAUCACAUUAUACAUUCCUUCCAGAGAAUCAUCCUUUGCCAGUAUUAAUCAAGCAAUAAUAACUAAGAGAGAGCAGUGGGAGCCACUCAAGCGAGAUGUGUAACGGUGUCUCAUUGUUUUUUAACUCCUAACACAGUGCAAUUAUUAAGACCAGUAGUCAAUUAUCAGUUAGUUUACAUGAAUGAAAAAGGUCUUUCUGUUUACACUUUUAACAUAUUUAUAUUUUUACAUUUCAACAUUUUUAUACUAUGUCAACAUGCAUGUGAUAUAAGAUUAAAAUGUGAGGACCAAAUCCAGUUAAAUCCAGCCAAAAUGGUUUCAUCUUAUCUCAAAUAAUUAUUUAGGACACAUAACCAAGAGUUUGAUGAGUCAAUGAGAUUUGCCAUUUUUCAUUGCACUAUAAAUAUUUGUAAUUUAUUUGUUUUCAAUCUUUUAUAAAUGAAUUGUAUUGCAGUGUCUAUUUAUUUUAUUGUAAUGAAAUAUGUGUUUUAUUGAUAUUUAUUUAGGUUUUUUAAAUGGGCAUCGUCCUCUUCCACAGAAUGUUUUCACUUUCAUGAUUAUCCUUGGCUACAGUAUGUAUUUGUUUUUAAAUUAAUCAAUCGUGAGUGAUAAUGCCAUUGAUUAAAUCUGUCUUCUUUAUUGGUUUUCCAGUUUAAUUAAAUGUAUUUGAAAGUUAGGAAGUAAGAACACAAAAUGAAACUACAAUAAAACUAUUAAAAGAUAUAUAGACAAGAAGGGUCAAGAACAUUUGAUCCGCUGUGUCCUUGAGCCUGAGCCAGGAUAGAUACGUUGGACUAUAUAUAUUCCAGUAAUUAAAGAGGAGGCUAGUGUCAUCAUAAAUGCUCCUCUCUGUGCUCCUUGCCGUUGUUUUAUUGUACUGCAUUAAUGUUACUGAAGAUGGUACAGAGUACAGUGUGUGGGGUUUGCCUGAGUUAUUAGUAGACGAUAAUAAUUAUGUGUAUAUGUUACUGACUGAAUGCUAGCCUAGGUGCAUGUACUGCAGAAUCUCACAGUAAUUUAAAAACUAACUUCACUGACUGAACUUUGAUUAAUGCACCAGCAAGCAGCUAGAGCUGCUAAUGUAGUUAGGCCUGUAAACAACUGCUUUAUUGAGAAAAACUAUUCAUGCAGGGUGACCUUCAUUCUGUAACAAUAAAUGUAAUAUCAGAAACUA